AUGACACCACCCAUCACGGACUCCGACUCCGCGUCAUGCGGCCCCUCCUCUUGCUCUCCCACCGCCGCCGGCGACAACACCCUCCUCUCCACCACCAUCGCCCUCACCCCAGCCCUACUCACCUUCGCACUCGCCUCCUUCCUGGCACUCACCCGCCUCUUCCCCCACCUCGCCCGCCUCCAGCAACCCUCCUCCACCUCCCCAACCAGCAGCGGCACCAAACUCAGCAGCAGCAGCAGCGGAAUCGCCCUCGACGACGGCGCCGACCACUUCCUGCCGGCCUCGGCCCCGCCCUCCCUGCGCCAAGCGCACGCCGAACAGGCCGCCCGCUCCCCGCGCCGCCGCCUCGCCGCCGCCGCCUUCGCCGCCACCAUCGGCCUGUCCGCCGUGCUGGCCGAGCUGAUCCUGGCCGAGAUCCUCGAGCUGCGCGGGUGGCUGCUGGGGGCGCACGCGCGCGCCGCGGGGCUGCGGGUGACGGUGCCGACGCUGGUGGGGAUGUUGGUGGGGGUGGUGCCGUUUUUGGAGGCGCAGAGUGUGUUGGCGUCAAGGGGGUGGCGGUUUGGGAGGGAUGGGAAGGGCAGGGUGGUUUCCAGGGCGGCGUGGGUGGUGCUGGGGUUGGUGUUUGUGGGGUGGUUGGCGGGGUUUUGGUUUGUGGGGAGGGUGGUUACGGGGUUGGGGAUGGGGUGGGCUGGUGGGGUGGAUGAGGAAUUGAGGCGGCUGGCGGGGAUGGCGAGUGCGGAGGGGCCUGGGGAGGGGGCUUGA